GGCAGGCAGUGUUGCCAAAUUGCAGAAAGAGUGUGAGAGAAAAUAAUGACAUGGACGUGCUGCAAUUCGAUUUAGGAUUCCAAUAAACCUUUUGAUGCUUGAAUUAAAAGAACUUUCAAGUUAGUGCAUCUGGUGGUGAAGAAUGAUUCAGAGAACUCUGCUGCUCGCUUUUCUUAACCUUGGGUUUUCUGGCACACAAUCGGGAUCAGUGAAGACUACAGUCAAAAACAACUCUGGGGUGAUGCCAGUGGGUCUGUGUGGUUCAUGGGUUAAAGACCCUGAUGGAGGUUCCUUCACUUCUCCUAAUUAUCCUAAGAAAUAUCCUCCUGAUAGAGAAUGCACAUAUAUAAUAGAAGCGUCUCCAAGACAGUGCAUCGACGUGUAUUUUGAUGAACAGUACGCCAUAGAGCCAUCUUGGGAGUGCAAGUUUGACUACAUCGAAGUUCGAGAUGGCCCAUUCAGCACUUCACCCAUUAUCGGUCGAUACUGUGGGCAGCAGAGCCCGAUGUAUGUUAGGUCCAGCGGGAGAUACCUUUGGAUUAAAUUUGUUGCAGACAGUGAACUUGAGGCAACUGGGUUUUCAGCAAGAUACAAUUUCACUCAAGAUCCUGAGUUUAAAGAUGUUGAAACUCCUCUAACACUGCCAGCGUGUGAGUUUGAGAUGAGUGGGCCUGAGGGCAUCAUAGAGUCUGCUAUGGUGGAGAAGGAGGGCGAAGCUCUGAAAACGGAGGCUGUGGACUGCAAAUGGUUCAUUCAAGGACCACCUGGCUCAAAGAUCUAUCUGCGCUUUCUGGAGUACGAGAUGCAGAACUCAAACGAGUGCAAGCGCAACUUCGUGGCGGUGUAUGACGGCAGCAGCUCAGUCGAGCACCUGAAGAAUAAAUUUUGCAGCACGGUGGCCAACGAUGUCAUGCUGCUCACGUCCGUAGGCGUCAUCCGCAUGUGGGCUGACGAGGGUAGCCGCAAAAGUCGCUUCCGUAUCCUUUUCACCACCUUCCGAGAGCCUCCAUGUGAGGAAGAUACAUUUUUCUGCCACAGCAACAUGUGCAUUAACCACACACUAGUGUGCAAUGGCAUCCAGAACUGUGUCUAUCCCUGGGAUGAGAAUGGCUGCAAAGAGAAAAGGAAAGCCACCAUCUUGGACAACAUGGACCACACUAACAUGACCAUAAUCGGGUUGACCUGUAGUGUGGUUCUUGUUCUGCUCACGGCAUCAAUCAUCAUCCAAAUCAAACAACCGCGCAGGAAGUACCUGGUGAGACCGGACGAAUUUGACCCUGCACUGCUGCCUGAGCCUCUGGAGCCACCACAUUAUGAGCUGUGCGCAUUGAGGAGCAUGGCGUCUGCUGAGGAGUUCCCUGGGCUUCGUCGCUCCUCCUCCAAGUGUGUUCAUGCGCAUCAUUGUGGCUCUCAGGCAUCCAAUGGCAGCCGUACUGACCUGAACCUGAGUGUCCUCUCUGAGACAACCAGCAACCCAUCCAGGAGCAUCGUGGUGAUGAAGCACAGCCACUCGCUCGAGGACUCUGAGCUAUGUGAGCUAGACGAUGAGCUGGAGGAUGAGAACAUGGAGGAGCAAGAAUGGAGGAGUGUCAAUGGACACGAGUGUUCAGUCCAUGUGCAAUGAUUUCUUUCUGAGAUGAUCCCAGAUAGACUAUAGAAGACUGACUCCAUGGUAGAAUGGAGAUUUAUUUUACUUAAGUCUAUUAGAAAAAGACCUUUAAAACUAAUAUUGAAAUGUUGUUAAAUCAUUUAAUGAUUUAACAACAUUGAAAUGUUGUUAAAUCAUUUAAUGUGUUCUUUAUCAACAUGAAGAAAUACUAUGAUAUACCAAACUAGAUAAUUAUUCUGCUUUAAGUUCUUAAUCUCUGCUAUUGCGAUUUUUGUUUAUCAUUUGUUUUGUUCUUCACUUGUGGUUGUAAAUUAAAACAGUGAUACUGGUUGAUACUUGUUUUAGUUAUUUGUGUUUAUUAUGUUUUCUCUAUUAUGGGUCUGUUAAUACCAUAUUUUUUAUGCCUUUGUUUUUAUUUGCUUUUGUCUGUACCUUUAAAGGAACACGUUUUGGCCAAACACACACUUAUACAUUUUCCCUUCACACACACUAGA